AUGGACAAGAAUAUAUGCAACAGUUCUCAAGAUGCAGAAGUGAGGAAAGGGCCAUGGACCAUGGAAGAAGAUCUCAUUCUCAUGAAUUAUAUUGCUAAUCACGGCGAAGGUGUUUGGAAUUCACUAGCUCGUGCUGCCGGGCUUAAGCGUACUGGAAAAAGCUGUCGUUUGCGGUGGCUCAACUACCUUCGACCGGACGUAAGACGGGGGAAUAUCACGCCCGAAGAACAACUUUUGAUUAUGGAGCUGCAUGCUAAAUGGGGAAACAGGUGGUCAAAAAUUGCUAAACAUUUGCCUGGAAGAACAGAUAAUGAAAUAAAAAACUAUUGGAGGACAAGAAUUCAGAAGCACAUUAAGCAAGUUGAUCAAACUUUUACAGGUCAAAAUCCUAAUCAAACUCAUCAUGAUCAAGCAAGUACAAGCCAAAUCUCCAGUUCCUGCCGUCCUGAUAAUGCAGUUGAAACUUACUCUUCGCCGUCGUUUGAUGGACAUAUGGAAACUUUCCAUGGACCUUUCCUCACUGAAUCAAAUGAAAACAUAUGGAGCAUGGAGGAUAUUUGGUCCAUCCAAUUACCUAAUGGAGACUAA